GCUAGCAGUAAAAUGAUACUGCUUGUCGUUUAUGGUUGCCUGUUGUUCGAGCCAGUGCUCGCAGCAACGACAACAAAGCGACCACCUACUCUUGCGCUAAAAUGUUCUGCCGGCGACUGUGCCCUUCAUGAUGGAAGAUUAAGGCAAUUCCAAAGCACUGCAAUGGCAGAAGACUUCUUGUCGGUAUUAUCAGAUUCCGCGAUUUCUGCAUUCAUUUCGACCAGCAAAGUAGAACUCGGAGACGUGUUUUUCAGGUGUGGUCGCCUCUUUUACAGGAGCCAAUUCCAAGGCUCGUUUGGGGACGCGGUCCUAACGUGUGCAAAACGGAAAAUGCAACUGGUUACCGUGGAGGAGGGGGAGCUGAAUAUGCGUUGUUUGGUGCCAGACCUCAGCCAAAUGAAGCUCGAACAGCAGCAACACCAGAAAUACUUUUUUAUCUGGACGAGUGGGAUGGCCGAAGGGAAAAAGUGUGCAAAUGCUGCCUACUCUUGGUGCGCGGGAAACAAGACGCGCAUCACUGCCUCGUCACUUGGUCUUCCUGCCCAAGUUUCACCCACGGAAAGGUGUCUGGCUCUUUCCAUGAUGAGCAAGACGCUCGUUAGAAUGAAGUGCAAUGAGCUAAAUUACUUUUUCUGCGAGUACAAGUGCAAGACAGUCAACUGCAUCAGGGAAGAUAUAUGUAGAGUAACAAACCGAACAUAUUUUGACCAGUCUGGAAAGCUGAAAAGGUUAAUGUUGGGCGGCGUUUGGGCAGUGUGGCAGCAGCGGCAGUGGAAUGGAGUUUCUCGUGACACAGCUUUUUUGUUUGGUCACAAAAAGGUGACUUGGACAGAAAAUAUCAGACUGUGCUGCAGCAUUGGAAUGAAGCCCGUCAGAGUAACCGAUCUCUUACUCGAUACCCUGACUUCGGAGGGCAAUCAGAGCAGCAGAAUUUUUGUCCAAGCUCCUUAUGGCAUGACCGCAGGAGGCCGUGAGCUAGUAAAAACGAGUUUCUGGACGGCGGCCACGCGGCAAGGAUGCGCCGGCCAGUACCGUUUCUGCCAGCACGACGACCAGGGUCCUUGGGACUCGCAGGACAACUUCUGGCAGAUGGUGAACCCGCGUGACGUUGGCUCAUGCCUCGUCGUCGACCGGCAGUACGCAAAGUCUGGAACACCGUUCGGAGUGCGGCAGGUGCAGUGUUCUAGACCCAGUGCGAACUUCGCUUGCCAGAAAGACGGCAAAAAUAUCGCAGACCUGGUCAACGAUGACAAGAUGACAGCUGCUCAGGGGGAAGAAAGAGCCUGCAAUCUUCCUCUCUGUCCGAAUGCGAUGUAUUGCGAUAUGAAUUUGGAUGCUUCCUCCGGCAAUUUCUACUUGCAGAUACAAUAUUCAUUAAAAUAUGCAAGCGAGAGAGUUCUUUUAAAACCUUACUUGUUGGGAGAGUGGAAGACGGCUUGCGGUGUUCGGUUUUUAACAACAACUAGAGAAAUGAGCUGGAAAGAGUCAUUCGAUUACUGUUGCCGCCUCGGCAUGCGUCUCCUCACCGUCCAGUCUGUCGAAAAGCUCAGCUGCUUGAGUGAAAUUCUAGAGGCCAACACAGAUGAAGAUGGUGGUUAUUCUGAUUUAACGUUCUGGACCUCUGGAAUCAACAAUGGCUGCGAAAACCAACGAUACCGUUGGUGUUCGUCAGAAGUUAAAGACUUUGUCAAGCCCAGCGUGAACCUACGCAACGAGACAAUUAAUUUCAUUUCACUUUCAAAUGUAUUCUACCAGCCUGUUGAGCCCUCGGAAUACUGCGUGAUUGUGAAAAAUUCCAAAAAGGAGGGGCCUAUCUUGGGAAUCGAUACAUGCGACACGAAUAGAAAAGCUAUUUGCGAGGCUCGAGUGAUGGAUGAUUCGCAUCUCCAGGAAGUUUUUAAUGAGUGCAAACUGACGCACCGCGUCACUAAACGUGAUAUUGAAAAAUUCAACUCUACAGAAGUAAAAUCGUUCUCGUACAAAAUGAAGUGUUUUGCCACGUGUAUAGCAGAACUGCUAGGCUUUCUUUACGAGGGUGGAAAAUUCUGGACUGACACGGUUGAGAGGGAGUUGGUGAAAGUCAAGGUUGCUGGAGCGGCUUCUCAAGAAUUUGCUGCGAUAAUGAGCAAAUACUCGGUGAACUUUUUCAAAAAAGCCACGGACAACAUGAACGCCCUCAACAUGUUGAUUGUUGAGCAAAUGAAAGAGGACGCCUGGAAGUCUACCCUUUUGGUUAAUGAGGCGCAAGACAAGUUCUGGGAAUGUAACGAAUUAGUCAAAUUCGACAGUUCACACGACGAGUGCCAUUUCAUUCACGAUUUUCUAAAAUGCUUCACGAACAAUUCUGACUCGCUCACGAAAUUUUGGAACAGAGAUCUUCAGAAUGUGGCUCAGAGAACUGACUAUGCUGCCCUUGUUGGAAAACCACUGAGCGAACUUCAAGGCCAAGAUCCCCGGAAUUUCACUGAGGUUGUGGAUCCAAUUUCAUAUACCGAAGAAAUAAUAAGCUCUCGUUGUACAAUUCGUCAUCUACGAGCAAAGAAUUUGACUUUGAACCAAUCCUGUUAUGAAAUUUAUAGCAACUUUGAGCCGACGGAGAUUGAGAACGUUCUUUUGGUCAAACCAGUUUUUGGACAGCUAUAUUCGCACGCAGACGCAGCAGCCAUGUGCCAUCGAGCGAACGGCAGCCUGCCGACUUACGAGUCGCAGCAAGAUAUGCGCGUUCUGAUUUCCAUUGUUGAAAACAAUUUUACUCGAUACGUCUCAACGUCUGCAUACGACGAAUUUUACAGGUCACGCAUGGAAAUGCCUUUGGACGAAGUUUACAAGGACUCUGCAGGAGUUCUGCGAUGGUGCAGCACUUCAGGAACGGUCACGACCGCAUGUAAUGCAUUAUCUAAAACCGAUGAACCCUCAUUGGGCUACGCAAUUGAGGAUGAGUACAGAAAAUUGAAAUGCGAAAGCCAUGAUCUGAAAGAUCUUGUACCAUUGCCUUUAAUUUUCUGCAGCUUUGACAAGACACAGUUAUCAAUGUGCAAACAAAUCAACAAUGGCACCCUGUAAAUUGAUUUCAAUAAACUAUUGUGUCCGCGAAAGUGCAAUAACGUUUCUUGAAAGAGGAUCAUUGAACCCCACAGGUUAAA